UAUAAUAUUUAUAUUGUAUGUUUAGUGAUGAAGUGGUGAAGGAGACACUAGCUCGUCUUAACUCUAAAUCCCGUGAUCUGUUCCGACCAUGUGUUCAACAAGUUAGAGACUUUCUUUCCCAGGAACCAUUUAGAGAAUUCAGGAUGUCAAUGUAUUUUGUUAAGAAUAUGAAUAUUACAGGAAAAGGAGGUUUUGGUGAGGUGUGCGCGUGUCAAACCCGGUCAUCUGGUAAGAUGUACGCGUGUAAGAAACUUGAGAAGAAAAGGAUAAAGAAGAGAAGAGGGGAAACAAUGGUGAUCACAGAGAAACAGAUUCUUCAGAAGGUGAACUCUAGAUUUGUUGUAAAUUUGGCGUAUGCUUUCGAGAUGAAGGAUGCUCUUUGUUUAGUUUUAACUAUUUUCUUGUCUAGAUUCUAUGCCGCUGAAAUACUGCUUGGUUUGGGGCACUUGCACAAGGAAGGAAUAGUUUACAGAGAUUGUAAACCUGAAAACAUACUUCUGGAUAAUCGGGGGCAUGUCAGGAUUUCCGACCUUGGUCUGGCCAUAGAGAUACCAGAGGGAGAGACGGUACGGGGUAGAGUCGGAACUGUUGGGUAUAUGGCUCCUGAGAUAAUAGACAAUGAAAAGUAUACAUUCAGUCCGGACUGGUUCUCCUUGGGUUGUUUAAUCUACGAGAUGAUUGAGGGAAGAGCACCUUUCAGGGCUAGGUCUAGGAAGGAGAAGGUGAAGAGGGAGGAAGUGGACAAAUUUCUUUGCAGAUUUUAUGCUGCUUCCCUUUAUCAGAGAAAAUGUAUACUUUAUUCUUUAUUUAGAUCGUUAUGCGAAGGCUUGUUGAAGAAGAAGGUUGUGGAUAGGUUGGGUUGUAGUUCAGGACGGAGAGGAGUUGGAGAGAUUAAAAUCCAUCCUUGGUUUAAUACUCUCAACUGGAGAAGGAUUGAGGCGGGCAGGGAUACCCCACCUUUCGAACCAGAUCCUCAUGCAGUCUAUGCUAAGGAUGUACUGGAUAUUGAACAGUUCUCUACAGUACGUGGAGUAAACCUUGAUCAAGGAGAUCAAACCUUUUAUCACAAGUUCUCCUGUGGAGCAGUUUCUAUUCCCUGGCAGGAGGAAAUCAUUGAAACAGGAGUUUUUACGGAAUUGAACGUGUUUGGACCAUUGAACACCCCUAGUCCAGAUCUACGACGAGAUCUAAUCCCUGAACCUGAACCAACAUCAGGCUGUUUACAGUUCCUCAUGAGGAAGAAGAGAGGACCGAACAAUUCAGGUAGUGAAAGCACCCCCGCCAACUCACAGAACAGUAAUUCCUGUCCAGAACGAUGAAAUCAGAUUAGGCCGAGCUCCUUAAUUCCCGAACUCUUAAACAUUAGUCCCUGAAAUUCCUGAAAUCCAAGAAAUAACCUUCAUCAACUGAUCUCUAAGAUCAGAUAGGAAGCCUCGGCGCCCCUAUUCCUCCCAUCUGCUUCCAUAUUACAAAUACUUAAGAUCCUCUGAAAAGCAUACUUCCAUUACAAAUAUAUUUUACCGGGACUUGCGGCGAAAGAAAAACCAAAAGAAUCAAAAUAUUGACAUAAUUUAUCACACCACCUAAUUACACUGUGACUAGUACUUUUACUGUACAGGUACAGUGUAAAACCUAUAUAGAAACUGUACAUCUGUUUUCUGUACGUACCGAAUUAUUCAUGUGCGAUGUCAUGAUGCUAAUGAAUUCAAACAAUUGAAACCGUGAUUGGUUCGACAUGUUGUCGAUUAAAAUCCGAAUUUACCGACUUAAAUUCGCAUUUCAGAUAAACAGAGAAUGUUAUUAUGUUAUUACUCGAUCCCUGCCCCUCAAUGCUUUUAGUUGAAAACUUUUGACAAAUUUAUGCCUCAAUAUUUGCCAUGACAACAGUUAAAAUCAAAAUAUUAAUGUAAUUUCUCAAUUUGCAAUUGUAACACUGUGGAAUAAAAAUGUGUUCAUAAGACCGAAGUCGGUUUAAAAAAAUAGUGUUUCAUGAAAUCAACAAAGAUUGUAUCUAGUGUUAGUCAAUUCUUUUUGAUCCGUUUUUUUUACAUUCAAACUUUUUGGCCUUUAAAGCAACUGACAUGAUAAAAAUUGAAUACAAUUUAGUUUUUGAAAUGCUCGAUAACCCUGGAAUGUGUUGAAAACGGAUUGAUCCCCAAAAUUAAAUCUAACUGUACCCCUCUAGUUGGUAAAUUGUGCCCCCCCCCCCUAUAUGUGUAUUGUGUACGCUAAACAAACCUUCAAUGUUUAUUAUAAAUG